AUGCUUGCAGUUGCUACCAAAAAAUGUGUGUUUUGGCCUAGUAAGAAAUCUAUUGUUUCCACCUUACCCCAAUCUUUUAAACAACAUUAUCCAAACUGUAGGGUUAUUAUUGACUGUACAGAAAUCAAAACUGAACAACCACCUCAUGUUGAUCAAAGAGCGUUUAUGUACUCUCAUUACAAAUCUGCUUUUACUUGUAAAUUUUUAGUUGGAAUAGCUCCGUGUGGUAUGAUCAUUUUUGUUUCAAAAGCAUAUGGUGGUAGAGCUAGUGAUAGCUUCAUCACUAAUGAUAGUGGUUUGUUAAACUUAUUAGAACCUGGGGAUCAAGUCAUGGCUGACAAGGGGUUUCCUGGGAUAAAAACUAGUGUAAAUGAAAAAAACUCUAUUUUAGUUAUGCCCAUUUAUGCAUAA